AUGGGGAACAUGUCUAUCAAUGAAUACUACAACAAGUUCAUUGAGUUGAUGAGGUUUACCCCGGAAGUAGUUCCUACCGAAACCAUCAAAGCUCAGAGAUUUGAGCAAGGCCUAACCCUGAUCCUCCAAGGGAAGCUAGAGAGAGUAAAUUUUGAAACCUUAGACGAAGUCUAUGGCCAUGUAGCUCACCUGUACGGGAUUAAGGGGAGAGAGAUGGAGCAUUCUGGAGAGAAAAGGAAGAACCCGUACUCUUUUCACGGGGGUGAAAAGAGGCAUAAGCCCAAUGGUAACCACCAAGGGAAUUUUGGAGAUAGGAAAGACAACAAAGGUUACUUUGGGAAAGGGAAUGGAGCUGAGGCUAAUUGGCCAAUGCUAGAGGGAAUGGAAACCAAAGGGAAGUUAGGACACCGUGAGUAUGAGUGUUUCAAGAAAGAGGCUGACAUUAAGGCGGGAAAGGUGAAAGAGUCUAGUACUUCUAGCAAACCAUCGCAGCCUAGUAGACCUACACCUAAGGUUGAAACCAGUAGCGGUGCGGGAGGUGCCCUAAAGGGUCGUGUGUUCGUGAUGAACAGCCGUGAGGCUAAAACUUCUAAUGAUGUGGUAAUUGGUGUUUUCCUCAUAAGUUCUUUGUCUGUGAAAGUUUUAUUUGACUCGAGUGCAUCCCAUUCUUUUAUUCCUAAGACCAUAGUUGAAAGUCUUGGAUUAGUGAGUCCUAAGUCACUUUCUCUAGAUCUGUCUAUUCCGUCUGGGGAAGGGAGGAAUUGUUCCAAGUUGUUUAGAAGUGUACCUCUUUGGGUAGAAUUUGCGUCAGAUUUGAUCGAGUUCGAUUUGAAGGAUCUCAAUGUGAUUCUGGGUGUGGAUUGGUUGCGGAAGUAUAAAGCCAAGAUUGACUGUGCAGCUGAAAAGGUUACUUUAAAUAGCCCAAAUAAAACUAGAGUGACAUACAGAAAGGAAGGGAGGAGUUCAAGGUUGAGAAUUAUUUCUGCAAUGCAACUAUAG